UUAUCCCCGUUCGCUUUUAAAUUGCGCGCGUUGUUUAGUUAUCCACUAUGCCAGCAGUUGUCGGGAAAUGCAGUUUGUUUUGUCGCCUGAUACUUCACGUCGUAUACAGAAUAUUGUGAGAUAAUUUGUUUGUUUCUGUGAAUUUGUGUUUACAGUUUUGUGAGUGACUGUCGAAUUUUGUGUUGUAUGUGUGCUUCCUUAGCAGUGUCUAAGAAGUGCACGUUUAACCAUGGUUACGAAACAAAAACCACCGAAAGAAAAGCGCAGGAACAAUGAAAAACGAAAAGAGAAAUCAAGAGACGCGGCUCGCUCCCGUCGGUCGCGAGAGACAGAGAUUUUCACAGAUUUGGCCAAUGCCCUUCCGUUGUCGCAGGAGCAGGUCCAGCAAUUGGACAAGGCUUCCGUCAUGCGAUUAGCCAUUUCGUACCUUAAGGUCAGAGAUAUGGCCAAUUUGGUGCCCAAACCGUUGACCAUCGAGGACAAAAAGCUGAACAUCGACGAUUCAACAUUCUUACAAACACUCGACGGAUUUCUGUUGGUCCUCGCCAAGGAAGGUGACUUUGUUUAUCUUUCGGAAAACGUCAGCGACUACUUGGGUAUUACGCAGGUUGACCUCAUGGGUCAGAACGUGUUUGAAUACAGCCAUCCGUGUGACCACGACGAAAUUAAAGAAAUUCUCGGGUCCAAGAGUCAGGAAGACGUUGAUGCACCAAAAUCAUUCUUCAUACGGCUCAAGUGCACGUUGACAAGCAAGGGCAGAUCGGUUAACCUUAAGUCCGCCACCUACAAGGUGAUCCACUGUACCGGGCACAUAAUCCGGAGCAGCGUUAAAUCGGAGAAUAAUGACAACGGAAAUUUACAACGAUGCUUGGUCGCAGUCGGCAAACCCAUACCCCAUCCUUCUAACAUAGAAGAUCCGCUUCCACGACAAACUUUCCUCACCAAGCACAGCCUUGACAUGAAGUUCACCCACGCCGACGAUAAAAUUUUGGAAGACAUUCUCGGGUACAAUGCUGAAGAUUUGAUUGGAAAAUCAGUGUACGAAUACCACCAUGCCCUGGACAGCGAUGCUAUAGGGACCGCCUACAAGUGCUUGUUCUCCAAGGGACAAACCGAGACUAACCGUUACCGUUUCCUGGCCAAGACGGGCGGUUACGUUUGGGUUGUAACCCAGGCCACGCUAAUUUACGACAAAAUGCAGAAGCCGCAGAGCGUGGUUUGCGUCAACUACGUCAUAAGUGGUGUCGAAUGCAAAGAUGAGAUCUAUUCAGCAUCUCAGCAUUCACUAAGACCGGCCAUCAAUAGUACUACUGUGUGCAUCAACAAAAACGUACCGUUUUCGGUUAACCAGAAGCCAGUGCUCAGCAAUUUGAAAGUUGUUGAGCUUGUUUUGCCGGUAGUGGCUAAAGACGAAGAGACAGUGAUUGAACCACAGAGGGAUUGUAAACCCUUAACUGUGACUGAAAAACUAUUCUCCAAGCCUGAAACGGCAACCACAAAGAUUUUUGCACCAAGAACUGAGGAUAUGAGUAAGGGAUUCCUAACAUUCUCUGAAGAUGAACCAGGACUUACAAUGCUAAAGGACGAACCCGACGAUCUAACUCACUUAGCGCCCGUCGCGGGCGACGUCUGUAUCCCGUUGACGGACGACAGCCAAUUUUUGCCCGAAAUGCUCCUGGAUGACUUCCUGGGCGACAGUUUCGGGCCCCUCCUGUCGGAGGAACCCUCCGAUCCCUUUAUCGCCUAUAGAGACUUCCACGACUCGUCCACACCUGAGCUAUUGUCGCCAAAUCUGUCCAAGAAUUCUGACAGCAGUUUGCCGUCAUUAAACAGUCCGACCGACUCGCUCGGAGACGAAGAUCAAAUGUCCACAUUCAUGAACCUCCAAAUGGAGGAUGAUGAUCUCGCCAUGAAAGCCCCUUAUAUUCCCAUGAACAUGGCAGACGAUUUACCUCUGUUAAUGUCAGACGAUCUAAUGUGGAACACUAACGAUAAAGAAAAAGUAAUUAGAGACAGUAGUUCAAGCUUAGCACAGUUGUUAUCGUCUUCUGUGAACAAACAGUCGAUAACGACAAAAGAUCAUGGCGGGGGCAUGCUAAACGAUUCGAAUAUCGGAGAGCUACAUAAUGAGAAAAAUUCAUCAACUUGGUCAAUAAAAUCGACAAAGAAAGAAAGUAGACUGGAAAGGUCGCCGGGCACGAAACGUACCAACAGUACCAAUUAUGAUAUAUCGAACAAACGGUCGAAGAACGAGCCCACUGAAAAGAUGUCGUCCGAACUGUUGCAACAGUUGAUGUCCAAUAACCACCACAGGGGACGUCCCAAAGGGAAAAGCAAUUGGCUGUUGGAUUCGGGCGGUCAAAAGGCCGCCUGCAUAUCGCAGCCCAGCGACAGUGUAUUGAUGAAUCUUUUGGACGAUCCGAUGGAUGGUACAAGAGCAAACAUCGACAAAGUACUACACAAACGAAUUCAGAUCGAACUGGAUAGAAAUAAAGCGAGGACCAUAAUCCGGAAGAACUCUAUAUCGCUGUUGGAUCCUGAGGGCACGAUUCCAUCGCUCAUGGACCUCACACAGCAGGAUUACGAGGUGAACGCGCCCGUUCACAAUCUUCUCCUGGGCCAGGACCUUCUGUCGGCGCUGGAGUUGGCGAAUGGGACCAUUUAGCUAGAGCUAGAGGACACGGGACCGGCAGAUAAACGAGAGUUUGAAAUACCGUUGAUCGUUGUUAAUGGCAGUAAUGUUACAGUGCAAAAUAUUGUCGUGGUUCGCGACAUGUAAAUUUUUAGAAGUGGUCCUUACGUUAACCAUGAUGGUCUUAUUAGAAUUUACUAUUGUACAAUUUAUACAUGUCACAAAACGUUCAUGGUUAAUAUAUGGAUGGGCUUUAUUGCAAUUUGACUGAAAUGAGGGUGUCUUAGAUUAAGAAGUAGAAUUAUAAUGCUCAAAAAGUUGUUUAUUGUUGUAAGCAAUCUCAGUUUUUAAUAUAUUUAUGUAUGUAAGAGUUUUUGUCAAUUUUGAAAUGUGCAUUGCAUUUAUUAUUGUUUAUUCUGUUCCUGCAUAUACCAAAAGACGUUUUUCAGAUACCAAAAAAGUAGUACAUUUUUAUACAAAUAAUUAAAGACAAGUUGUGGAGUGGCCUAAACUGAGAUUGGAUGUAUAUAUAUACAUAUACUAGUUUAUAAGAUUCUUCAUAAAUUUGAUAAUCAUAUCGUAUUAAUGUUUCCUCAUUUCAUUAAAAAUUGUAUUGUUUUCAUUAAUUUCUAGAGUCUCAAUCCUAAUUUCAAGCUCUCUUCAUCUACUGCACAUAUAUAUUAUAGUGAUAAAGGUUACAUUAAUAAAUUAGUGAUACUUGUUUUUAUUUAAAGAAAUAUAUACAUGCAUAUUUUAUCAUCUACUAAUCUAGGUUUAGUAACAAAUUUUAUUCAAUAGAAAAGAUAAGUUUUAUGUAUACUGCCAUAUUUAAAUGUUUCAAUGCUAGUUUCUGUAAUUGCAUUUCGCAUUUUCAAUGUUUAUGUAAAUUUGUAUUGUAGGUUUUAAAAUUGUGAAAAGUACAUUUAUGAAAUAUCUGUAACAGAUCCAUUUGUUAAUCGAAUAUCUUUAUAUUCUAUUUUGUUUUAUCAAUAUUUGCAAUCUAUUUUGAUUUAACGAUAGUUAUGGACGAGUCGAGUACAAGAAUCAUAAAUCUAUUCGCAGCAUUCGAGUACACUUUUUAGGACUACCCAAUACCAAGUACUCUAAUGACUGCCCGAAUAUCUGUCGAGUUAAUAGAUCCGAGUGCAUGGGUACUCAAGUGCGCCACGCAUUUGAAUACCCAUGGAUUCGAAUCAAUUUGAAUGGAUUUAGUACUCUCCGUACUCAAGUAUUUUAUCGCUGCGUACCACCUGCGGCGUGUAUUCGAAUCCGAAUGAAUUGCUUUAAACUUCCUACUCAGAUAAUCAUUCGAUUCGUAAAAGUACUUGAGUACAGAGAAUAACGAUUCUUAAAAGUACUCGCCUCUACCCAUCGCUAUUUAAUAGUUUUUUAUUGUAAAUUAAGAAAAGUAUAUCUAUUAGGCUUUAGGAUCAUGGAGAGCAUAAUAUUUUUAGAUUUUUAAAUAAAUUUUUGGAAAUGUCGAUUAUUGUAAUUGGGAAUUUGCAAGGUAAUAAAUUUUAGUUGGGUGAA